UUUGAAGGUUCGAUGGGCUCCAUUUCUUGGUUCCUGAGUGAGAAGCGGAGCUGAUUUUGUUUGUUUGUUUGACGGAGGCCGCGCGCACCUCUUUCUGGGGUCUUCGGAGGAGAGGGAAGUUGGGGAAAGACGGCGAAGAAAUGGCCCACAGUUGCCAGGAGCAGAGCCUUCGGGAAGAGCUGACCUGCGCCAUCUGUUUUGAUCUCUUUCGGGACCCGGUCAUGCUGGACUGCAUGCACCAUUUUUGCCAAGAGUGCAUCCAGAGCUACUGGGACAGUUGCUCGGAUGUUGCCACCUGCCCUCAGUGUCGGCGUGAGUUCCCUACCCGGUCUUUCCGCCCCCAGUACCUUGUUUCUGGAGUAGUGGAGAAAGUUAGGAGGUGCACCUCAGAAGAGCAUAGGAGAAAAGUACAGCAGCACCUUGAAGAGGCACUUCAGUCUUUCCACAUGGAGCAUGAGAAACUGAUGAAAAUGAAGCUAGGGGCUGAGGAAAAGAUCUGCAGCUUGCUGAAAACAUCUGGUGAGUUGAAUUCAAAGAUUCGUGCAGCAUUUGAGCAUCUUCAUCGUAUCCUUGACAAGGAGGAAAGAACUGUACUGAUGGAACUAGCACGGGAGGAAGGACAAUGGUUGAUGAGACUGGAAGGAGACUCUGCACGACUAGCAGAGAGGAUGUCUGAUUUAAAGAAGAACAUGGAACAUAUACAGCAACAGAUUGACAACCUAGAGAUUCCAUUGCUUUUGGAGGUGGAAAGUGUGACAGUUAGGUACGUGUCUAGAAAGACAAGAAGCUGUUUCUCUCUUAUCUCACCUGUUCUGCUGCAGUGGAAUGUUUGUGUUUUUUUAAGUUGGGAGGAAGAGCCAGCCACAGAUGUGGAAGCACUGACUACUUUUAGCAUAGAGCAGCACAAGGACCUGUAUGAUGGGCCCCUGCAGUACACAUUUUGGAGAAAGAUGCUGAAGUCAGUCAGCCCAGCUCCAGCCCCUCUAGUCUUUGAUCCAGAAACAGCCCACCCAAACCUCAUCCUCUCCAAAGAUUUGACUGCAGUAACGGAGAGAGAGACACCCCAACAUGUGUCAAGAAGUCCAAAGCGCUUCCUGCAGAGUGUGAACAUCCUGGGAAAAGCAUCCUUUGAGAGUGGGAGACAUUACUGGGAGGUUUGGGUGGGCAACAAGACCAAGUGGGACCUGGGAGUGGCAGCACACUCUGUGGACCGAACAGCUAGAGUCAGGCUGUGCCCUGAGAACGGCUACUGGGCUAUACGACUACGUGAGGACACUGAGUAUUGGGCUGCAGCCACCCCCUGGGUGCGCCUGAGGCCUCGGCAUUCACUAAAGAAAGUGGGCAUCCUGCUGGAUUGCAGUACAAAUAAGGUGGCCUUCUACAAUGCCGAAGACAUGUCCUUUCUAUUUGCCUUCCACCAAGCCCAGGCACACAAGUUCUACCCUUUCUUCAGCACUUGCUUCAGUGAUGGCAAGAAGAAUCAGGCGCCCAUGAGGAUCUGCCACUUGAAUCUGUAGGAAGAUGGCAACAGGGUGCCAUUGACUGCCUUCUGGACAGGAUUCCUGUUGACUUGCCUGUACUCCCAACUCCAGUGAUCUUUCUUCCUGUGGCCAAAAUUAGAAAAUGUUUCUUUGGGCAUUUUUCUUUCCGUCUCUCUGCUUGUGAGCUUUUUGUAUUUUUAGGACAAUAUAACCUCUGGGACCCUAUGGUCCCCAAUUAUAAAUAACAAAUUAAGAGGUAUUUAUGUCUUGGUGCAAAAAAGAUACCCCCCCCCCCCCCCACUAGAGGUUGGUGGGAAACACAACUGUUCUAUUUCACAGGAACAAUACAUCUUCAGUAAGCUUUGUACAAAGAAGAUGGCAGACUAAUUACAACCAAUAGCAUAAUGAAUAUAUCAUAAGACAAUAAAUAAAUGCAAAACAUUAAAAAGAUACAUACCAUCA